AUGGCAAUGUCAUUACGGGCAGCGCGCCUGCUGGGCCGCAGGCAGAUAGCAACACCACGGGUCAGCGUUGCUUUCCGCGCCUCUUCGCAAUUGCCUCGAUUCCAUGCCGCCCCGCGAGCCUUCUCUGCACUGGCCAGCCGACGUGAUGCUCAGGAUGUGUUUCCCUCAAUGAAGGAGAGCCCUGCCGCUAGCUUCCUCUCUUCGCUCAGCGAAACACCCAAGACGCCCCAGACCCUUACGGAAAAGAUUGUUCAACGGCAUGCCGUCGGCGUGGCCCCGGGCAAGGUCCUUCGCUCUGGUGACUACGUGACGCUGCAGCCACACAAGUGUAUGACCCACGACAACUCGUGGCCGGUGGCGCUCAAGUUCAUGGGCAUCGGGGCCACUAAGAUUAGCGACCCCGGCCAGAUUGUCAUGACGCUCGAUCACGAUGUCCAGAACAAGUCGGAGAAGAACCUCAAAAAGUAUAGCCAGAUUGAGGAGUUUGCCAAGACCCACAAUGUCGUUUUCUACCCUGCUGGGCGUGGCAUUGGUCACCAGAUUAUGGUCGAGGAGGGCUACGCCUGGCCAGGCACCCUGGCCGUGGCCUCCGACAGUCACUCCAACAUGUACGGAGGCAUUGGAUGCCUGGGCACUCCAGUAGUGCGAACUGACGCUGCAAGCAUUUGGGCUACCGGAAAAACCUGGUGGCAGAUUCCACCUGUCGCAAAGGUCACGCUCAAUGGCAAAAUGCCUGCGGGCGUGACUGGCAAGGACGUAAUUGUCGCGCUGGCUGGAUUGUUCAACAAGGACGAGGUUCUCAAUCACGCUAUCGAGUUUACUGGAACCGAUGAGACCCUGGGCAGCAUUCCUAUCGACGACCGCCUUACCAUUGCCAAUAUGACUACAGAGUGGGGCGCUCUCACUGGGCUGUUUCCUAUCGAUGCUACGCUUCAUGGCUGGCUAAGGGCCAGGGCCACAUUAGCAGCUAUGGGAGAAGGCCAGGCCAAGGACCAUCACCGUCAGCAAUUCCUUCAUGAGCGCAUCGACAAACUAUUUACUGCCACGGGUAUUGUCGGCCAGCAGCUAGGCCACAUCUUCAAGCCUGCGUUGGCCGCGGACAAGGGCGCUGUAUACGCCAAAGAGCUCUUCUUGGAUCUCUCCACCUUGUCACCAUACGUCUCAGGCCCUAACUCCGUCAAGGUUGCUACUCCUUUACCUGAACUGCAGAGCCAGAACAUUCCCAUUAACAAGGCUUAUCUCGUUUCCUGCACGAACUCCCGUGCCUCUGAUCUUGCUGCAGCAGCAAACGUCUUCAAGGAUGCAGCUGUUCUGAACGGUGGCAAGAUUCCCAAGAUUCCAGAUAACGUCAAGUUCUACAUAGCUGCUGCUUCUAUCCCAGAACAAAAAGCUGCAGAAGAGGCAGGUGAUUGGCAGGCUCUUCUAGAAGCAGGUGCUCAGCCCUUGCCUUCAGGUUGUGGUCCCUGCAUCGGUCUGGGUACUGGUCUUCUUGAACCUGGCGAGGUUGGCAUCAGUGCAAGCAACCGCAACUUUAAGGGUCGCAUGGGCUCUCCCGAUGCAAAGGCAUACUUGGCAAGCCCCGAAGUCGUUGCAGCAAGCGCUCUGUCUGGCAAGAUUUCUGGCCCCGGGUGGUACCAAGCUCCUGAAGGCUACGAGGGUGUUCGACGAGGAGAAGGCGAUGGCAUUCCCGCCGAAGAGCGAAUGAUGACCAUUGAAGACAUGCUUGAGAAGGCCAUCAAAGACGCUGAGGCCGCUAUCGACACCUUCAGCACUACCGAGUCUGACACGCAGUCUGUCAACCCACCUGCAGCGGCAGGCUCGGAGGCUGAAACUUUGACCGAAAUCCUACCAGGGUUCCCCGAAAAGAUUAGCGGCGAGAUUGUCUUCUGCGACGCCGACAACAUUAACACAGACGGUAUCUACCCUGGUAAGUACACAUACCAGGAUGAUGUGACGCGCGAAAAAAUGGCAGAGGUCUGCAUGGAGAAUUAUGACCCCAGUUUUGGCCAGGUGGCUAAGGCUGGUGAUGUCUUGGUUUCAGGCUUCAACUUUGGCUGCGGCAGCAGUCGGGAACAAGCCGCAACUGCCAUCCUGGCCAAGGGCAUUCCACUGGUUGUUGCUGGUAGCUUUGGCAACAUUUUCAGCAGGAACAGUAUCAACAACGCUUUGAUGGGUGUUGAGGUGCCCAAGCUAGCCAACCGCCUCCGUGAAGUCUUUUCAUCAAAGGACGCUUCGUCGUCGCAACAAGCAGUCAAGGAACCUUCAAACAACAGCGAAUCGCUCGACUCGCCACCGCCAGCGGCUGCAACCCAGCCCAGCCAAGCUAAACAGCUAACGCGCCGAACCGGAUGGACCCUGGAGUGGGACGUCCGAAGGAGCACUGUUUCUGUCCAGGAAGGCCCCAAUGGCGCCAAAUGGAACGUCAAGGUCGGCGAACUCCCACCCAACGUCCAAGAAAUCAUUGCUCUCGGUGGCCUAGAGAACUGGGUCAAGAAGGAAAUCGGCAGCCCUCCCUCGUAA